AUGGGCCGAGCGCGGCCGGGAGAGCGCGAGCCGCCCAGCCCCGGCCCCGCCGCGCCGCCUGAGCCGCCGCGUCGCCGCGCCCGCGCCCUGGCGCUGCUCGGAGCCCUGCUGGCCGCCGCCGUCGCCGCCGCCGCCGCGCGGGCCUGCGCCCUCCUCGCCGAGGCCCAGGCGGCCGCGCGCCAGGAGUCAGCACUGAAAGCCCUGGGGACAGAAGGCCUCUUUCUCUUUUCCUCCCUGGACACUGACGGGGAUAUGUACAUCAGCCCCGAGGAGUUCAAACCCAUUGCUGAAAAGCUGACAGGGUCAACACCUGCCGCCAGCUACGAGGAGGAGGAGCUGAUCCCUGACCCCACGGAGGAGACGCUCACCAUAGAAGCCCGAUUCCAGCCUCUGCUCCCAGAGACCAUGACCAAGAGCAAAGAUGGUUUCCUAGGGGUCUCUCGCCUCGCCCUGUCCGGCCUCCGCAGCUGGACGGCCGCCGCGGUGCCCAGCGCAGUGUUCGCAGCCCGCCACUUCCAGCCCUUCCUGCCCCCUCGCGGCCAGGAGCUGGGGGAGCCCUGGUGGAUCGUCCCCAGUGAGCUGAGCGUCUUCACUGGCUACCUGUCCAACAACCGCUUCUACCCGCCACCGCCCAAGGGCAAGGAGGUCAUCAUCCACCGGCUCCUGAGCAUGUUCCACCCACGGCCCUUCGUGAAGACCCGCUUUGCCCCUCAGGGGGCUGUGGCCUGUCUGACUGCCAUAAGUGAUUCCUACUACACUGUGAUGUUCCGGAUCCACGCCGAGUUCCAGCUCAGCGAGCCUCCAGACUUCCCCUUCUGGUUCUCCCCAGGCCAGUUCACUGGCCACAUCAUCCUCUCAAAAGAUGCCACCCAUGUCCGUGACUUCCGGCUCUUCGUGCCCAAUCACAGGUCUUUGAAUGUGGACAUGGAGUGGCUGUACGGGGCCAGCGAGGGCAGCAGCAUGGAGGUGGACAUUGGCUACAUACCCCAGAUGGAGCUUGAAGCCAUGGGCCCCUCAGUGCCCUCAGUGAUCCUGGAUGAGGAUGGCAACGUGAUUGACAGCCGCCAGCCCUCAGGGGAGCCCCUCCAAUUUGUGUUUGAGGAGAUCAGGUGGCAGCAGGAGCUGAGCUGGGAGGAGGCCGCCCGCCAUCUGGAGGUGGCCAUGUACCCCUUCAAGAAGGUCACCUACCUGCCGUUCACGGAGGCCUUUGACCGAGCCAAGGCUGAGAACAAGCUGGUGCACUCAAUCCUUCUUUGGGGGGCCCUGGAUGACCAGUCCUGCUGAGGUUCAGGGCGGACUCUCCGGGAGACUGUCCUGGAAAGUUCGCCCAUCCUUGCACUCCUCAAUGAGAGCUUCAUCAGCACCUGGUCCCUGGUGAAGGAGCUCGAAGACCUGCAGAGCCACCAGGAGAACCCGUCCCACAGGCAGCUGGCUGGCCUGCACCUGGAGAAGUACAGCUUCCCGGUGGAGAUGAUGAUCUGCCUGCCCAACGGCACUGUGGUCCACCACAUCAAUGCCAACUACUUCCUGGACAUCACCUCCAUGAAGCCUGAGGACGUGGAGAACAAUGUCUUCAGCUUCUCCUCCACCUUUGAAGACCCGUCCACGGCCACCUACAUGCAGUUCUUGAAGGAGGGACUCAGGCGCGGCCUGCCCCACCUCCACCCCUAGUUGCCUGCUGGGCUGGUGGGAAGCCAGGCUGGACGGGACCUGGUAAACUGGCCCGCAGGCCCCUGGGCCAGAGUGGACCCUGGCCCACUUCAGACUUGAGACCCUUCCCAUGCCCACUCCACUCCUAGGCUGCUUUGUGGCUUUGAAGUCAACUGAGAGCAGCCACCUAGCUUUGCCUCAGUGACACGGGUAGAUAAGAGGGGGCCCGAGCUGACAGGGUGAAUGAGCUGUGAUCUCUGGUACCACCAUUAGCCCUUCCCUACCCACCUGGCUCCAGAUGCCACUUGGGAUCCCCCAACACUGGCCCAGGUGACCUACCUGGACCUCCCUCACCCAGUCACAUAGUCCAGCGGGGAGGAGUGGGCCAGAAAGAUGGGGGGCCCCCUCUCCUGCUUCUUGCCCUCCUCCCAAAGGAAGCACCCAGGACCGUGGCUGGGGACCAGGCUGCCAUGUAGCAUUGCUGUCUGCAGAGCCUGCCUUCCUGCCACACCCCGGCUGUUCUCCUGUGUGUGAUGUCCCCAGCUGGGGUCAGCCUCAGCUGGAGACAGCCUGCUGGAGCCUGUGUGCAGGGCCUCCUACUAAGGGAAGCCACCCUGUGGCACUGCUGCUUCCCAAGCCACACACAGACCUAACAAUAGGUCUCCAGAACCUAAUUAGGAAAUUGGGGAAGUUACUGUGAAGCAGGCUCCUGCUUUAGCAGGGGGCCCCUGAGGAGCCCCUGAGGCCCAGGGCAGGGCAUUCCCACCACCUGCCUAGCACAGGGUCACAGCAGGACUGCUGGAGCCAGUCCCCAUCACACUUCUUUCCCCACAGACCCUGACUCCAUAGAAGAUAGCCCAGCCAAAGAACAGCCUGUCCCAGAGCCAGCGCUGUCCAGGCCACUAGGGGUACCUCAGACCAGCUCAUCUACCACUGGGUGGCCAUCAACUCUCCUUGGCCACUCUCGAGGCCUUGGUCCACUUCGUGAGCCACUGACUACAGCCAGUCUUUUUUAUACAUUCAGAAAAGUGUUUUUAUGUGAACUUUCUCACAUUUUAUAGGUAUUUUUUUAUGACCCCUGUGCUGAGGAGGAAGAAGGGGGCAGUGGCCUCCCCAGCAGCCGCCCCAUGACGGCUGGAUCUGAAAUCCUAGAUGGACCCAGCUUGAUGUCUUUGCAGUUGCAUGCAUGGGAAGAAAUAUGCCUCCUCCUUCUCCUCCCCCAGCUUUUUAAAAACAUCCUAGAGGAUCAGAAUACCCCACUCCACCCUGCCCUCCACCCAGGAGGCCCUGGGACUUACCUUCAUUAAGGCCUUAAAAUCAGCCCAUUCCCCAUGCACCAUUCUCUACCUGGUCCCCUCACCCCUCGGCUCAUCCUGACAGAGGAAGCAGGGGACAGACUUCCUCAGACACUCCCUGCCCUGCCUGCCUGCCCCGGGAGCACGCCCUGGGAGCCUCCAUUUUGCACCAAGUAUGACAACAGCAGCCAUUGCCCAGAGCCUUCUCUCCAAGGCAGUAUUUCCCACUUAGUCUUUAAGACAAAAAUGUGAAGUGGACAGCUAUUUCCCAUUUUGCAGAGGAAGACGUUCAAGUCUCAGGGAAGUGAAGUGACCUGCCCCGUGGUCACUCAGUGCUGGAACUGAGACAGCAAACCCAUAUAUGACUCCAAAUCCUGUGUCUUGAUUUGGGGGUGCUUUGACAUUGCACCCUGCCUGUUUCCUCUGAGUGGAAAAGAAUGCCUUUUAAAUCAUCAUGACUCAUCCCCUCUGAUCUUCAGAUCAAACUCAGAAUAAAUAGCGGGAGCCGCUGAAUGCA